GCAAUCUGCUUACAAGCCCAUGACACGCGCCACACAACAGAAAGAUCCAUGCAGCACUUCUGUAAGAGCCUGAAGUGUUGAUACAAACAUUGCAAUGACAACGACCAUGCGCUCUCUCCGCCCUGUUGUGCGCUGCUUCCAGUCUGCGACCCCACGCGCGCCCUUGCGGACCUCCGGGGCUAUCACACCACAGCGUCACUUUUCCCGCACAACACCAGCCCGCCUUCUCGCGGCGCCUCUAAACGUGCCGAGAUGGAUAUCAGAGAACUCGCACAUGCUGAAGCCCCCGAUCAACAACUACUGCGUCUACAACGACAAUGUAACCGUCAUGAUCGUCGGCGGUCCCAACGAGCGCACCGACUACCACAUCAACGAGACCGCCGAAUGGUUCUACCAACACAAAGGCUCCAUGUUGCUUAAAGUCGUCGACGAGAACCAGUUCCGCGACAUCCACAUCCACGAAGGCGACAUGUUUCUGCUGCCGCCGAACAUACCCCACAACCCCGUCAGAUUCAAGGACACUGUGGGCAUAGUGCUGGAGCAGCACAGACCAGAAGGUAGUUUGGAUCGGUUGAGGUGGUAUUGCCAGAGCUGUGGUGAGAAGGUGCAUGAGGCUGCUUUCCACUGCACGGAUCUGGGGACGCAGAUCAAAGAUGCUGUGAAUAAGUUCAAAGCGGAUACCAAGGCGAGAACGUGCAGGAAUUGCGGGACAAUAUGUGAUACAGCGCCCUCGAAGGCAGGCGAGAAGCCUUUGAAGCCGGCCAAAUCAGAGCAGACGGCAAAGGAGAAGCUGGAGGGAGAUGCGAAGGAUGACAUAGCUGAGGAGAAGGGGAAGACCGCAGAGAAAGCGGAAGCAAGUGCGAAGACAAGUGAUGGGGACAAAGUGCCUUUUCAGCCAUCGUGAAGGUAUCCACGGAUAAGCUGAAGCAACAAGUCUGGUGUUUGUAAUAGUAAAUGUGCAUAUACACGACCUUAUAGACCCUUCCACAUGACCUUGGCGACGUGGUCGGUCUUCUUCUUAGUCGGUCUAAGAAGGCCCAGGUAUUUGAGCUCCGCAAGAGCUCGCUGGAAUAGUGCC